UCACACCAGCACAGGCACCAACCAACCAAACCCCCUUCUCCCCCUCUCUCUCUCUCCCUCUCUAGUUCCCACCCAAAUCGCAGCAGCAACAAGAGAUCCGAUACAUACUAGGUUCUGUUGCAUCACACAUCAGUCACCCCAAACCAUCAAAUCACCAGAUCAUAUACACAGACACGCCCACCACCCGUCAAAUCACACCCAAACGGAGGGAGGAGGUGGGGAAAAGGAAGGCGUGAGAGAGGAGAGCAAUCAGUUAGCUAGGUCGCUUGCCGCCUUUGCCACUCGCGUCCAUCCAUCAUAUCCCGUUCGCUGCCGCGUCAAAUCUGUCGUGCUACUCCGGCUCAACUCUCGCCGCUCCGGGCAGUUGAUUUGCAGCUUCUUUCACCGCCUGCGAUCGAUCCAUCGUGUGGCAUGUCGUCUUCGUCCUCAUCAGGGGCUUCUGCCGCCGCCGCGUUCACGCCAGUCUCCCAGCAACAGCAGCAGCAGCAGAUGCCGGCAGAGAACCUCAGCUCGGUGAUGCAGCUACCGGCACCGGUGCAGGAAGAGACACCCUCCGACGCCGAGCAGCUCUGCUACGUGCACUGCCACAUCUGCGACACCGUCCUCGUCGUGAGCGUGCCGAGCAGUAGCCUGUUCAAGACGGUGACGGUGCGUUGCGGCCACUGCAGCAGCCUUCUCACCGUCGACAUGAGGGGUCUCCUCAUGCCGACCACAGCCACCGCCACCCCCACCACCACUGCGGCUAUGUCCGCCAACUCCGCCGUCACCACCAGCACCAGGACGUCUCCUCCACCGGCCGCCGCUGCCGACCACCGCCAGUUCCACUACCCCAACUCGCUCACCAUCCUGCCUCCCCGCCACUCCCUCCUGGAUGAGAUAUCCAGCCCCAACCCGAGCCUGCAGCUACUGGAGCAGCACGGACUCGGCGCCCUGAUCGCCGCUGCAGGCGGCAGGAACGCCGCCGCACCGGUGCCGCUGCCGCCGCCAGCCUCGGUGGGGAAAGGACCGGGAAAGGAGCCGUCCCCGCGGACCAACACCGUCGUCAACAGACCGCCGGAGAAGAGGCAGCGCGUCCCGUCGGCGUACAAUCGCUUCAUCAAGGACGAAAUCCAACGCAUCAAGGCUGGCAAUCCCGACAUCUCGCACAGGGAGGCCUUCAGCGCGGCUGCCAAGAACUGGGCUCACUUUCCGCAUAUCCACUUUGGCCUCAUGCCGGAUCACCAGGGGCUCAGGAAGACCAGCCUCCUACCUCAGGAUCAUCAGAGAAAGGACGGCCACGGGCAUCUGAAGGACGGGCUUUACGCUGCGGCCAACAUGGGGGUUGCUCCGUACUGAUAUCAAGCUAGCAAUAUGCAAGGCUCCUUAACUAUAGCUAGCUCCUACUACUAUAUAACUAUCAGGCUGUCUUUAGCUAGGGAUCCCUCCCUUGUUAAGCAAUUACCUCAGUUCCUAUCAUCGUAUGACCUAUAAUUAAGUGAUCAUAUCAGUUGAUCUAUGUAGCACUCUGCAAGCGCCAGCCAUUUUGCUCAAUCUAAUAUCUAUCUUGUUAAUUA